AUGCCAGCUCGUCGGAAGGAAUCCCUUCCGAAGAGCUGGCCGUACAUGAUUUCAGCUCGUCGGAAGGGGUUCCUUCCGACGAGCUGGCUUUCAAACCAGCUCGCAGGGAGGAACCCCUCCCGACGAGCUGGGUUAUGUACCUUCUUCAACUUCAACACUGAGUCCAGGUUUUGGUUGUAUUUAAUGGAAGUCUUGGAAAAAGUCAAAUGGCGAAGGUGCUUGCAAGAGGGAUAUAAUAGAGGUAAAUAUCUAAGGAUGAGAAUGGGAAUGCUGAAACAUCAGGCGGCCUUGAGAUCUAGCUUUUAUGUUAGCGAGCUUUUGGACGACAGCCGGAAGCGUUAA